UAUAUUUUCACCUGACUCACUGUACUGUAGUGAUCACUCUCCUGUGUUUUAGUAAGUCAUCUAAGACUCUGCCAUUAGUAAGGGCUCACACGGGCAUGAUUUCUCUGUAAACUGAACUCUUCGAAAUGGAAGUUGGUUAACAAACGGAAGAACAAAUCAUUUGUUUACAGAUUCUUCUCACAGGAAGAAACCAUUUAAAACAUUUCAUUCAAACAGCACACAUAUAACAAGAUGAUUAACAAAAGAACUCUUCACCGAGUCGCUGUGUUUGUCAGCGUCGCCAGCACUAUCUGUAUACUUCUCUUCUGCCAAACAUCUACUAGGAGUUUUCUCACAGAUUCAUGUGUCUGUAACUGUGCAAUGGAUUCGGAGGAUCUUUUGUGGUUUUCUCAAAGAUAUAAACCCUCUGCCAAUGUGACACUUAACACCAAGAACAGCCGACUGGACUGGCAAACCUAUUGGUGGUGGAGGAGUCUACAAAACGAAUCAACUGUAGCCAACUACAACAAAGUGGUGGAGGUGUUGUUAUCCCUCUUCCCAGAUAAAGAGCACUACUCCGACAGCAGUCCCAGCCGCUGCAGGACCUGUGCUGUGGUGGGCAACUCGGGCAACCUCAAUGGAUCCCAUUAUGGGCCGCUCAUAGACUCACAAGACUUCGUUAUAAGGAUGAAUGAGGGCCCAACAGAUGGUUUUGAGCAGGACGUGGGCUCUAAGACCACUCACCGUGUCAUCUACCCCGAGAGCGCUGUGGACAUGGACGAGACGACUCACCUCAUUCUGUUACCCUUUAAGAUUCUGGAUCUGCAGUGGCUCAUCAGCAUCUUCACCACCAGACACAUUGAUCUGACGUACAUGUAUGUGAAACCAUCAAUUAAAGCAGACAGGAAUAAGGUGAUGAUCCUCCAUCCUGCAUUUAUGAAAUACAUCUAUGAGAGCUGGCUGCAGAGUCAUGGACAAUAUCCUUCCACUGGCUUCAUUUCUCUAAUAUUCGCCCUGCACAUCUGUGAUGAGGUCAGUGUGUUUGGGUUUGGACCCUCAAAAGAAGGAGCGUGGCAUCAUUACUUUGAGGAUUUCGGCAUGGACUCUAAUGGAGGACCUCAUGAUGGAGACUUCGAGGGCAAAGUCAUCUCUAAACUGCAUCAGAAACACAGAAUCACCAUGUACAAAGGCUGGUGGUGAAGCUUAAACUGAAGUCUGUCCAUACUGUGAAGUAUUUUGUUUUUGUAAAUUAUUUUCAUGUGUCAAUUUUACAACGUUUAACAAAUUUCAGAUUGGAAAUGUUAUUGAAAUGAAAUGUAAUGUGGCAUGCAGCACUGUCCCAGAGUUAGUUGUGAUCUACUGUGUAGACUGGUCAAGCACUGAUGCUAGCUCGUGUGUGUGUGUGUGUGUGUGUGUGUGAGUUCACUAAAUAAAACCAAAGUAUGAAAACUGCCAAGAGUUGAUGGUAUACUUUCAUCAGACAUUUAAGAAAUGUUUGUAGAGUAGACUGAAAGAAGCUUGCGUGAGUCCACACUGAUAUCAAGAGCUCUUUUAGGCCACAUGCUCUUCAAAUAAAACGAAUAGGCAAACACUCUCUCUAAUCACUCUGAGAUAUGUUUCUACAUAAGCUAGGAGGAGAACAUAUGCAAAUAACAUGACAGGAUUUUAACAUCUGGAAGACUGAAUGGAUCAAUAAAGAAAGAAAUGAGCAAUAAAUGUUUAGGAUCCGCAGCUAAAGAAAUGCCUGUUUGAAUCUAUCCUUAAAAUUAAGCUUGUUAUGACUAACUUUGCAAUUGUUAACUGAAUUGUCUGUGAAUUUGAAAUGUUAAUCAUUUUUAGUUCAUUGACUUCCUGCCUUGAGAAAUGUAAUGAGGUAAAUUCGGUCACAUCAAGUAUUGUUAAUAAAUGACUCAGCAAAAUUU